UGGCGUGUACCCUCUGCCUUGUAAUAUAGAAUUUUGGAGCCAAAAUUAUUAUCAGCUCUUAUUAUGUUACGGAUUCUGAGGCCGAGAGAUUUGCUAUUCAGCUUUAAUUGGAAUCAAAAACAAACUUUUAAAAUACAGAACCAAUCCAGAAAUAAUACAAGUCUGUCUAAGAUUACAAUAGUUCCUGUGAAGACAAAUCAGGAUAAUAUUAGGAAUGCUAGUAGCAAAUCCCGCAAGAGACCUCCGGUACCGAUACACGGGAACAGAAUAUUCAAAGACGGUGAAGUGAGGAAGUAUUCACCAUUUCAUUUUACUGGUCAGUCGACCGCCGAGUGGGUAGUAGCUAAAGCGGACGACCUUCUGAACUGGGGUCGCAAGAACUCGCUCUGGCCCCUUACCUUCGGGCUGGCCUGUUGUGCUCUCGAAAUGAUGCAUUAUGCCGCUCCCAGAUACGACAUGGACCGUUUCGGCAUGGUCUUCCGUGGUUCUCCUCGCCAAACUGACGUCAUUAUAGUCGCUGGGACAGUUACAAACAAGAUGGCGCCCAUCCUUAGGAAGACGUACGAUCUGAUGCCGGACCCUAAAUGGGUGGUGUCGAUGGGCAGCUGCGCCAAUGGUGGUGGUUACUACCAUUAUACUUACUCUACGGUCCGAGGAUGUGAUAGAAUAAUACCGGUGGAUAUCUAUGUACCAGGCUGUCCCCCAACAGCCGAAGCAUUACUAUACGGGAUGCUGCAACUCCAGAAGAAGAUCAAACGUAUGAGAUCAAUGCAGGUCUGGUACCGGCAUUAACUCGCAAUUAGUUUAUAAUGAAUGCUAGUUGAUUAAUUAAAUGAC